AUGGACGCGUGGCGUCGCCAGUUCCCUGAGGCGUCAGAGAUCCCUCGCUGGGGAGAUCUGGCUAAGGCCGGGGUUGCUAUCUUUGAUCUUGACUUUGAUGCUAUCCUUGUUGCCAUGUAUCCUGUUGAUACUAGUGUUGCUGGUGACUGUUACCUGUGUGUUCCGCUUGACCCGGGCAUUGAGGCUGCUGCUCUAGGUGCUGGUGAGGCUGCUGCUCUAGGUACUAGUGCGUUUGCUGCCCCAGGUGCCAGUGCGUCUGCCGCCCCAGGUGCUGGUGAGUCUGCUCUCUCAGGUACUACGUCGGCUCAGGCCUUCCACACCUUCACUCUAGACUCGGGUGCGUCCCCCUCCUUCUUUCGAGACCGCACCACUCUUACGCCGCUCAGUCAGCCGGUUGCAGUCUCCCUGGCAGACCCCUCUGGGGGUCCUGUCCUUGCUAGCUUCUCCACUGUCCUUCCGUGCCCGGCAGCCCCCUCUGGCACCCUGACUGGUCUCUACCUCCCCUCGUUCUCUACGAACUUAGUGAUUGGAGCGGACCUACAAGAUCGAGAGGUUGACCAGUUCACUCCUGCGAGGUGA